CUAAGCAAGAUUUAGAUGGCCGACUAAAACUAAACCCAAAUACAAAGACAGAUUCCUCAUUAAAACGUCAUAUUUUUCGUGUGUUUGAUGGAUUUUUGUAUUGCCUCACGUACAUGUGAGUUUAAUUCCAACUGGAGAAAUCAACUGCUAUUUAGGAAACACCUCCACGAACUCCUCUAAGAUCCCGGUAUAGUUUUCGUCGGCCCGCUGAAUGAGCGCCGCAUGGGAACUAGAGUGUUGUGUUUCCAGUGAAAGGCGCCGCGUAAACACAACAACUUUGACUUUGUUCCAUCAUUUAAAUCGUCAUGUUGAAGUCCAAGACCUUCGUGAAGAAGACGCGCACCGGGAAAGUGAUGAAAAUAGUGCGCGAGCAUUACCUGAGGGAUGAUAUUUGGUGUGGAAGUGAGGUGUGCGGCGAGUGCGGGCAGGAGUCUGCUGUGCUGCGGAGACAAGCCAACAUUGAGAGCAGCCUCUGCUCUUUUCCACAUUAUCUGCUGCCAGACACCAAUGUAGUCCUACAUCAGAUUGAUGUGCUGGAGGACCCUGUGAUUCGCAACGUGAUCAUCCUCCAGACAGUACUACAGGAAGUACGCCACCGCAGUGCACCAAUCUAUAAACGCUUGAAGGACCUCAUAAAUGAAAAAGAAAGAUACUUCUACACCUUUACCAAUGAACACCACAGAGAAACAUUCAUCGAGCGCGAACCGGGGGAGAGCGCCAAUGACAGGAAUGACCGAGCAAUCCGCGUAGCGACCAAAUGGUACACCCAGCACUUGAACAAGUCUGACGCCGAUGGCCUUAAUGUGGUACUCCUUACUAAUGACCAGGGGAACAAGCAGAAGGCACAAGAGAGCGGUCUGCUGGUGUACAAAUUUGAGGAGUACGUCAAAGGCUUGAUAGCAAAUCCUGAGCUGUUGGAUCUCCUGGCGUUGACAAACGAUGACAAGAAUGACAUCACCAGCCGUAAAGUGCUAUUCCCAGAGCACUUACCGCUAUCCAGGAUCCAGGCAGGCAUCAAAAGCGGCUCCUUUAUCCAAGGGACCUUCAAGGCCAGCAGGGAAAACUACCUGGAGGCCUCAGUCUUUAUCCAAAAAGAUGACGAAGACAGCACUGAGGUCCUCAUCCAGGGUCUGCAGAACCUCAAUAGAGCCGUGCAUAAAGAUGUGGUGGCUGUGGAGCUGUUGCCUUGCAGCCAGUGGGUGGCGCCCUCUUCUGUUGUGCUGCAGGACGUGGGCUCUGCCAAGGAUGACGGCGAUGAAGAAGAAGAGGAGGAAGCUCUGGGAAGUUCAGAAGAUGUGGUCGACAAGAAGCUCACGGGCAAAAUAGUGGGCAUCAUCAAGAGGAGUUGGAGACCCUUCUGUGGCAUGCUCAAUGUCUCCCAAAUUAAAGAGUCCACGCGCCACAUUUUCACACCAGCAGACCGCCGCGUUCCACGUAUUCGCAUCGUAACACGCCAGUCGUCCACGUUGGCAGGCCAGAGGAUCCUGGUGGCCAUCGACGGCUGGCCCAAAGACUCCAGAUAUCCAAACGGCCACUUUGUCCGUAGCCUGGGCCCCGCCGGGGAGAAGGACACAGAGGAGGAAGUCCUCCUGCUGGAGCACGAUGUUCCUCAUCAGGCCUUCUCUAAAGCCGUGCUCAGUUUUCUCCCCAAAAUGCCAUGGUGCAUCAAACCGGAGGACAUGGUGGUGAGGGAGGACUUGAGACAUCUGACCGUGUGCAGCGUGGAUCCUCCAGGAUGUACAGACAUUGAUGAUGCUCUGCACUGCAGAGAGCUGGGCAAUGGAAACUUUGAGGUGGGAGUCCACAUCGCAGAUGUCAGUCACUUCAUCAGACCCGGAAACGCUCUGGACAAAGAAGCCGCCUGCCGAGGAACAACCGUUUACCUCUGUGGCAAGAGGAUUGAUAUGGUUCCUGAGCUGCUGAGCUCCAAUCUUUGUUCCCUGCGCUCCAACGUGGAGAGGCUGGCUUUCUCGUGCAUCUGGGAGAUAAACCAAGAGGCGCAAAUUGUUAAAACACGCUUCACAAAAAGCGUCAUCAACUCAAAGGCGUCUCUGACCUACGCGGAGGCUCAGAUGAGGAUCGACGACACCAGCAAGAACGACGACGUCACCAAGAGUCUGCGCGGCCUCAACAAGCUCGCCAAAAUCCUCAAAAAAGGGAGGAUAGAGAAAGGGGCGCUGACGCUGUCCUCCCUGGAGGUCCGCUUCCACAUGGACAGUGAAACCCACGACCCCAUUGAGCUCCAGACCAAAGAGCUCAUGGAGACCAACUCCAUGGUGGAAGAGUUCAUGUUGCUGGCCAACAUUUCAGUCGCCCAGAAGAUCUACGACGAGUUCGCAGAUUGCGCCUUGCUGAGGAAGCAUCCAGCACCACCGCCAUCCAACUACGACAUCCUCCUCAAAGCUGCCAAGUCCAAGGCGGUGCACAUCCAUACGGACUCAGCCAAGGCGCUGGCCGACUCGCUAGAAUUAGCCAAAGUGGACGGCUUCCCGUACUUCAACACGCUCCUGCGCAUCCUGGCCACUCGCUGCAUGAUGCAGGCGGUCUACUUCUCCUCGGGCAUGGACCGGGACUUUCACCACUACGGUCUGGCGUCGCCGAUCUACACACACUUCACCUCGCCCAUCAGGAGGUAUGCUGAUAUUAUCGUACACCGCCUGCUGGCCGUGGCCAUCGGCGCCGAUUGCACCUACCCGGAUUUGACCGACAAGCAUAAACAGUCGGCCCUGUGCAACAAUCUCAACUACAGACACAAGAUGUCCCAGUAUGCUCAGAGGGCGUCCGUGGCCUUCCACACACAGUUGUUCUUCAAGACCAGAGGCAUUCUGAGCGAGGACGGCUUCGUCCUCAUGCUGAGGAAGAACGCCAUCAUUGUCCUCAUCCCAAAGUUCGGCCUGGAGGGCACGGUCUUCUUCGACGGCAAAGACAAGAGAGGCCCAAGCCUGGUGUUUGAUGCCGAGGCUGCAUCUCUGACUGUGGAGCAGCACACCUUCCAUAUUUUUGACCGAGUGAAAGUCACCAUCAGCCUGGACGACUCCAACAUUCAACACCAGAAGAUACGCAUGGCUCUCACUGAGCCUGUGAUUCCCGGUGUGAGUGUUCCAGUCCCAGAUGCUGGACCACAAGCCAAGAAACCCAAGCUGGACCGCUGAUGCUCUCCUUCAAGAACUCUCACAUUCAUCUUUGGACAUUUCAAUAAAGAGACUUCAUGUA